CACAGAUGAAGUACGCAGGGUGGUGGAGGCUUAGAGCUGAUAGCGGGAACGCGAUGUGAUCUGUCUUUUAAGAGCUCUGGUCGAAUUAGCACUUUUACACCCUACUGUGCGUGGUAGCGACCCGGAUCCACGAGAGACGCGUCGAACGCUAGUCAAUCGACGUCACCGUAGUUCCACACUUGUUUGUUGCUCCCCAUGUUCUCGUCACCGAAGACGGACCACAUUCUUGCGCUGGCUGUAGUCUUGAAACACUUCAACAGUGUACUCUGUCUGUCGUUUGACUCGGUGCCAAACUCCACCUUGCGAGUGGAGGUAACCCGCCAGCUGCAUGCAGCUGAAAGGAGCCAGUCCGAAGAUAUGCACAAAGGAUGAUUGUUGUCCUGCAGUCCAGUGAUAAAAGAUUGUUUCAAACGUUCCGCGUCUGCGAACCUUUUGCUCAGUCUAUCUGGGUGGCAAGAGUCCUACCAUGCUAGCACAUGCUACGGACCAGGAGCCGUGGAAUCUUAAAGCGCAAUCCUUCCCUACUGGACGCCUAUAUCGCUGCUCCUGUUAUUCAAGCCUGUGUUUUCAUUGCACGCCUUCAAUCAAGCACAUUGUCAAGCUGUGUAGUAGGCGGAUUUGAUCUUCUUUUGACCCCUUCCUCAGUAAGGUCCGUAUGGUGUGGCGCUCCAUUUCCACUUCGUGAACUGAACAAGUCGGAACCUUGCGCUGUAAAAUAGAAGGAACGUGCCGACAUCGCGUUUGACAACAGGCGACGUUUUUCGGAAACACAUCACUUAGUUCGACCGCCUGGAGUUGUUACAUUUAGUUGGCCAAGAUUUGCCCAAGCAAAUUCAUUCUACGUCCUUCCCUCGAUCGUCCCCGUCGGUCGCAACGGUGCGCUGCGGCGGACUCGGGCGGCGGUGUCGGUACAGCCGGCCUGUCAAGCCUCUCGGACGCCGGGUCACAACCUGAAGCUUCGGACUCCUAGGAGUUGCGAAGUGGCAGUUAACGCCGCGGCGGGUUACAUGUGAUAUCACUUCGCCAUGUUCACCAUUUCUGCGUCGGACAGGAAGUGUGGCGCGAAUUUCACACCGUGUUGGCGUCUCCUUAUGCCCACGAAGCUGCUAGAGCCUACUCUGAACGCAACAGAUUUCGGCGGACUAUCCGCAUCCGGUGCUCUGGUGGGUUUCUUCGUCUCGUUACAUUUCGCUGAACCGGCCGAUCGGUCGCUCAUCCCGGUAUACGACGUUUCCUCGGUGCCUCCGAUAUCCUGUAGUGAAUGCACGCGGAAAGUGUCACCGGACUGUAUGGAACGCUUGGGCUAAUACGCCGGCGACUCUGGAGGUCAGCAGACACCACGCACUGAAACUUCGACAGGUUGAGGUCCCCACUGUUUAAAAGACACAAUGCCUAAGGCAGAGUUUGGGACGACAAAAUGGAUGAGCAACAAGAUCAAGGCGGCAGGUUUGCAGAAGCUGCGGUGGUACUGCCAAAUGUGCGAGAAACAGUGCCGGGAUGAAAAUGGAUUCAAGUGCCACCGGAUGUCCGAGGGGCAUCAGCGGAUGAUGCAGAUUUUCAUCCAGAAUCCAACGAAGUUCAUGGAUGAUUUCUCCCAGGAAUUCGAGCGCGAAUUCAUGCGGCUGAUGCGCACAAGAUACUGCCGAACGCGAGUCUUGGCGAACUCUGUCUACAACAACAUUGUCGCGGAUCGGCAGCAUAUCCAUAUGAACUCUACUAUAUGGGUCACGCUUUCGGAGUUCGUCCAAUAUCUAGGUUCCACGAAUAAGUGCAAGAUCGAGCUGACGCCCAAAGGGUGGUACGUGGAGUACAUCGACCAUGAUGAACGGCGCCGCCUGGAAGAGCAAGAGAAACGGCGAAAAGUGGAACUGAGCCAGGAGGAGGCAGAGGCUCGCCGCCUUGAAGAACUUGUUGAAGAAGCCAAAAAACGUGGCGGCUACCGGGACGCCGAGUAUACACCACUGCUGAGGAGAAAUGGAGACGAAAAAAUCGUCUUGAAAGGUCUAGCGCGUCCUUCAGAGAAAUCCAAUGAGAUGAGCGAUGGCCACAGCGGCGAGCGCCCUGCUAACGCGCUAAAACUUCUGGAAGCCGAGCUGAAGAGGAAGCGACGCUUUGCUGAGAUGGCCAAGAGUUCGGCCUCUUCAGAGACUGGCGUGGAUGAACGCUCUCGAGAAAGAGGAAGCGAGGAUAGACCCAGCCUGAGACAGGACGAAGACGGAGUGCACUCGAUAAAGGCUCGAUCUCGCCUAAGCGCGGCCGAGCGGCUUCGCUUAGAGAUUGAGCAAGAGCAAGCAAGGGCUCGAGGAUCUCCCUCGACAAAAAGGACGAACGCGGACGAGCUCGGGAGACUGUACGGACAAGACAGAGAAGACAAGAACGAAUCUGGCCAUUUCAGAUGCUCCGGAGGCCGUCAAUCUGAUACGCACAGUGUAGGACUUCGUGGCGGUGAAAUUGAAGAGCUCACAGAUCGGGGGAGCAGGGGAGAUUGCGAGCAUUCAAAAACGGAGCUACACGAGAGUGACGACGACGAGCGGAAGCCGCCGGCGCAUAAAUACCGCAACAAAGACUGGUGGAUAAAGGAGGGGUGCAUAGUCAAAGUGAUGCACGCAGAGCUGGGCGAUGGACAAUACUACAAGCAGAAAGGCAAAAUUCUUCGAGUCGAGGAGCGAUACGCGGCAUAUGUCAAGAUGCUCGAAAGUGGAGACCUCAUUCGACUCGACCAGAAGAUGCUCGAAACAGUAAUUCCGAAUAUCGGCGGGAGAGUCCGAAUCGUGCUCGGCGAGUGGCGGGACCACGAAGGCAAGAUGGAAGGCAUUGACAUGGACGCUUUCUGUGUCCACGUGGUUGUUGACUCGGGGCCCGUCUUUAAGGUGCGGUCGCAUCUCGCUCCCAUAGUAGUGAAGAAUCUGCCAUACGAGCACGUGUGCAAGAUUGCCUAAAUGGGUGCGACACCACGCCGGCGCUGAGUGAAACUUCGCGCGGUCUUCGUCAGCAAUUUUGUUUAUACUAGAUCUUUCACCGUAACGGUCUCAUACCGGGAACAUCUGCCGUUACAAUAGGGAUGGAUCGCUGCAUGCAAGAGUUACAGGGGUGCUUCCCAGGAAAGGUGGCUAGUGUCGCGCUUGAAAGGCGAAAGCGUAAUAUGACGAUGAAAAAGCACUUCGGACAUCUUAAUGGUGGUGAGAUGCACUUCAGGAACAACGCUGUCGCGUUAAGCAGCGGCUAUUAGGAGGCGCCUAGCUUGUGUCGCCCCUGAGUUCUUGGUGACCAUGACUGGCCGAAGCACAUGGUCCACAUGGCGUCGGCUAUAAUGAACACAGCAUUGUCGUAUCAUUGCUUGCGCGGAUGAUAGAUAACAAUUGGUUUUUGGCCUUGGGAAAACACCGACGUACACGGGGAACGAUCACAGAGUGAGUAGGUGGAAGUUUCCGUGCAUUUAUGUAUCCGUCCGUCGCAACUUUCUGAAUAUGUCUUGUCCACCGCAAACGCUCGUGGACCAUGUACUGGUGGUGUGAGGUUGAUUUCAAUAAGCAGAGCAACGGUGAAGUUGCUCAAACAGGUGGAGGAGAAGCUUCAAAUCGAUCAUUCAGCGUGGCAGGGAGACGCCAUGUUAUAUGGUACUGUGUCAUUGUGCGUGCCGGGUCUGUAGGAUGAAUGUUCGGACAAAUUUUCUGCCAGACGGUGCGUGAUGCACCGCAGCUGCAUCAGAAGCGUUUCAUUUUCGCAAUUGCACGCAUCAGUACAGCGUUUGUAUUCUGUAGCGAUAAAAUGGGAUUCUUCACGUUGCUGUGUGCGAGAACUUUGAUGGUUACAAGACGG